AAAAGAAUUACUUUUUAAGUCUUCUCAAACAGGACAAUAUUAGUAAAAGGUUUUAGUGGGACAAUAUGGGUGGAUUGAUACUCAACCCAAUUCCACCCAUUUGCCAACCCCAGUCCCAAAACGGACCCGAUCCCAUCGUCUUCUCUCACCACUGCGGGCGAAAAUAUUUCAGGCUCCGGAUUCCGAACCUUGAGAAUGUAUCUAUCAUAACUUUAUAACCCCUUUUUUCCCGCCAUCUCCAACAAAUCCUUCAAUUAUUUCCCGCCGUUUGCAGAGAGAGUCAGAGAGAGAGAGAGAGAGAGAGAGAGAGUAAGCAGGGCGAAGAAAAUGGGAGCAGGAACGAGGAAGAAGGUCCAAAGGAAAUUCAAGAUUAGAGGCUAUACCCUGAAAAUCGACGCCCUAGAGGAGAUUCUCUCUUUCUUGAGCCGUUUCGAAGAUGCUGAAGACGAAGCCAUCGACCUCCUCAUCGACGAAAUCGAGAGGGAAUCCCUUAAAUCGUCCAUUCUGGAUAAGGAGCCCGUGCAACGGGUUGUAAACCUUUUAUUGGAAGCCGAAGCCGCAGCAGAGGAGAACCCCAGUUCCAGUAGUCGAUCUGCACUUCGCGUAAUAGAUGCUUUCAUUGUCCCCAAGUUUUGCUAUGAUCCCAUCAAAAAGGUCUUUUACGAGCACACAGGAAAGCUACCAAUACAUGGUGAUGCUUCUGCAAAAGCUGCCCUAUACAGGGAUAGAUUUCAGUUGUUGCUCCAAAGGAUUUCUCGUGAUCGGCAUUUCUCAAGACCUGCAUUUGAUACUGAAAUGACAGAGACAGGAAGUUGUGAAAUAUCUCCAAUUCAGUCUUUGAUUGGGAAAACUGGUAGAAAAUGGAUUAUGGGUGUAAUAUCUCAAUUGGAAGAUGGCCAUUUCUACUUGGAAGAUUUAACUGCAUCAGUGGAAGUUAAUUUGUCCAAUGCAAAAAUAACAACAGGGCUAUUUGUUGAAAACACUGUAAUAGUAGCAGAAGGUGUGAUGUUUCCAGAUGGUAUUUUUCAGGUUAAUACAUGUGGAUUUCCCCCUUUAGAGGAUAGAGAAGAUUCACUUGCAUUGCUUGUGGGUCUUGACUUCUUUGGCAGUGGUGUUCUUACAAUGGAAGAAACUAUCCGACUUGCAGGCCUGGAAAAAAAGGCAGUGAAUGACAUGUUUGUUAUCCUCUCUGACAUUUGGCUAGACAAUGAAGAGACUAUGACAAAGUUAGCCACUGUCCUUGAUGGUUAUGAGAAUGUGGAGGUGGUUCCUUCUUUAUUUGUUCUGAUGGGGAAUUUCUGCUCUCGUCCAUGCAACCUUUCCUUUCAUUCUUUCUCGAGUCUCAGACAACAGUUUGGAAAGCUUGGGGAAAUGAUUGGGGCUCAUCAACGGCUAAAAGAAAACAGUCAAUUUUUGUUUGUUCCAGGUCCUGAUGAUGCAGGCCCAUCAACUGUCCUACCGAGGUGUGCAUUGCCAAAGUAUCUGACUGAGGAGCUCCAGAAGCACAUUCCUAGUGCAAUCUUCUCAAGUAAUCCUUGCAGAAUCAAGUUUUAUACCCAAGAAAUUGUAUUUUUCCGCCAAGAUUUGCUUUAUAGAAUGCGGCGUGCCUGUUUGAUUCCACCCUCAACAGAAGAAACCAGUGAUCCUUUCGAGCAUCUUGUUGCUACCAUUACUCAUCAAAGUCAUCUCUGUCCCCUUCCCCUAACUGUGCAACCCAUUAUUUGGAACUAUGACCACUGCCUCCGCUUGUAUCCUACUCCACAUACGAUUGUAUUAGGUGACAGAAGUGAGCAGAAAGCAUUCAAAUAUACAGGAAUUACAUGCUUCAACCCUGGUUCUUUCUCCAAUGAUAGUACUUUCAUAGCAUAUCGUCCAUGCACUCAGGAAGUUGAGCUGUCAGCCUUGUGAGUCUGCAUUCCUCUUCCUGUUUACUUGAAGGAUUAAGCACGUGUAGAUGGAAUCCCAGCUUACCUGACUCUUCUGAGUUCUGAGGCUCUAGUGACUGAUCCUGGCAGAUAAACUGAGACCGUCUCUAGUUUUGGAUUUGGAGACGUAGGUCCAUCCACUUGUAUGGAGAGCUUGAAAGAGCACAUCCACAUAAUUGCAGAUCUGAGGAUGUUGGAAAGGAUGCACAGCACGAGGGCAAUCAACUUACUACUAUACUGUAUUUAUAUAAUUUUAACUUGAACUUUUUUCCAUGGUUUUAAUGUUGCCAAUUAUUAGCAAAAAAUAAAAUGCACUAAAAUUGCACGCGCUCCUUCGCAAUCUGGAGAGCCCAACUUUGUGUGAUAAUCUUUUCUUUUCCAAUUAAUGUUGGUUAUAUAAACAAAUUUGUUAAUUUAAGGAUGUGGCAGGCAAGAUUAUCUGAAAA